AUGCUUAUAUAUAAACGACAGCAGGACUUUGUGACGCCUGGCGGCAGCAGCAAAGGCCGGCCUACCAAAUCAAACGAACGGAGACUGCAACAUGGCAACGAAUAUCGCACAAAAUACGAAGCUUGGAAGAGCCCGAAACGUAUAAUAAUAUUCUCGUCUGCCGAAGUGGGCCUACCACGCGGCACCCCGAAAAGCACGCCCGAAGCGGUUAUGACGCGGCCGGAGAGGGUGGAGUUCGAUUAUGGUGCCCAGACACCGGGACAAGGCAGCAUCCGGUCGCUUGGCGGCGUUGGCCCAUCAACUGUGCUUGGCUGCAAAGCCAUUCUGUAG